GGUAGUCUCGUAAACCCGACUCCACGAUCCAAAGUCGUUCAAUGGAUGCAGAGUCUGGAUUCUGAUCAGGGGGCGGAAGGGGGUGUGAGCGGAAUCUGAGUCGGGACCUGAUAAUCUAUUUGCGCGUGCCUCUUGAAAACCAUUCUUCUACGUUCUGGCCAGCUUCCUCUUGACCUGGUGUCUCGAUCGAAUGCGAAGGAGCAGAUUGAGCUGUGGCAGACAGAGCACGUCGAUGAACAUAUUGAUGAAGACAUCAAGCGAGUGUACAAAUUUCUGGCGGGAUUAGCAGAUACGAAGCGUUUGGAUCGGAAACACGUCUUGGGGAAGUAUUCCGGGUGUUUGAACGUUCUGUCACCUCACUGCCGAUGACCAAGGAUGGUUGUCUGGAUGGUCUGUUUUCGAUCUUGAGAUUGUUCGCGGACGCUGCAUGUUCGCUGACGCGAGAGUUGGAUCCAGCGUCGUUUGGGUCGUCCCGGAUCGAUUGCACACUUCCUUGGCAUUUGUAUAUCAUCCUGUCACGGUGUAUGCGUGUCAGAGACUUUUCGGAUCGAGGUGAUCCUGGUGGAUGGCAUAACGAGGAUACAGAGGCGGAAGAGGAAGUCCGGGUAGAUGGACAUAGUCCUACAGCGGAUUUAGUGACGAGCAUGUACGCGGGCCAGCUUGAACAGAUCGGGCUUGUACAGGAAGCUGCAUUUGUUUUGUUACAUAUUGAAGGGUCUGCCGGCCGGGAAAAGGCCAUCAAAGACCUGCUGGCACGGUCUGCUCACUUACUGGAUAACUGGAUAGUCUCCGGUUUGGUGCGUAGUUUGAAACUGCCCAUGGUCUGGGUGCAGGAGGCGUGGCAAUCUACGCCCUCUAUCAAAACUCGCCGUUCGGGAUCUAUGGAUUGUAUCUUUCGGCCAGGCUGUGACAGCCCAGCGCACGACAUUCGCAGAGCUCUCACCCGGGGAAAGCUAUUUGUCGACUACGCAGACAUGUUUACAUGUUUACCAGAGUUGUAUGAUAGGUGCGAAGAAGACGGAGGGGAUUGAGAACGUUGACGGGUACCAAAGCGAGGCUAGUCAGGCUUCUGCCAGAUGCGCUGGACGGGUGGAACAAGGAGGCCUUGACAAUAAUGCUGGAUGCACUGGUGAGGAUGGUAGAGGAAGAAACCGGAGCAUAUACACGGGACCGGCG